UGGAGAAAAUUUGGAGAACACAAUGACAGCCUUUCAGCAUGCAGUUACAAUUGGAACUGAUAUGCUGGAAUUGGACUGCCAUAUCACAAAAGAUGAACAAGUUGUAGUAUCACAUGAUGAGAAUCUAAAGAGAUCAACUGGAGUCAAUGUAAACAUCUCUGACAUCAAGUACUGUGAACUCCCACCUUACCUUGGCAAAUUGGAUGUCACGUUUCAAAGAGAAUGCCACUGUGAAGGAAAAGAUAACCGAAUUCCAUUACUGAAGGAAGUUUUUGAGGCCUUCCCCAACACUCCUAUUAACAUCGAUAUCAAAGUCAACAACAAUAUGCUGAUUAAGAAGGUUUCAGAAUUGGUAAAGCAGUAUAAACGGGAACAUAUAACAGUGUGGGGUAAUGCCAGUUAUGAAAUUGUAAAGAAGUGCUACAAAGAGAAUUCUGAUAUCCCUAUACUCUUCAGUCUACAACGUGUUCUACUCAUUCUUGGGCUGUUUUUCACUGGCCUCUUGCCUUUUGUGCCCAUUCAAGAGCAGUUUUUUGAAAUCCCAAUGCCUUCCAUCAUACUGAAAUUAAGAGAACCACAUACCAUGUCAAGAUGUCAGAAGUUUCUCAUCUGGCUUUCUGAUAUAUUACUAAUGCGAAAAGCUCUGUUUGACCACCUUACUGCCCGAGGCAUUCAGGUGUAUAUUUGGGUAUUAAAUGAAGAGCAAGAAUACAAAAGAGCUUUUGAUUUGGGAGCAACUGGAGUGAUGACAGACUAUCCAACAAAACUUAAGGAUUUUUUGCUUAAUGUCUCAGCAGCGUAGUAGUCCAGAAAAGCAUUAGAAGAAAACAUGAGAAGACUUAAGAAAAAAUCUUUCACCAUCAUUUUCCUGAGCCAUUUCCAGAAUCGGAAAAGGCUUAAUCGGUUAUAUUUUAUUACCUCAUUUUUAAGGAUUUCUGAGAACAUAGAAACUAUGUAUCGUAUAUUUAUUUUAAACAAUGUUGCCUGCUUUACAUUUGUAAAUAGUUUCUUUAGACAAUUAACUGGUUAUGAGCUGUAAAUAGAUUAUGAAUCAAGAUUUCAACACAUGAUGCAGUAUUCUACUAUUAUAAAUAAUUCUGAAAUCAAAGACUAUUGGGUAAAUUUGACAUCCUUUAUUGGAAUAAGGUCACUACUUUGUAAAACAAAAUAUUGAAGGACAUUACAACUAUUCUGAACUGUUCCUUUUCUAAAUACAUCUUACUUAAAGAAACAGAAGCAAAACAAACCAAGUACAGGUUGAGUUGGGAAGCUGGUGGUGUAGUUCUCUGGUGUGUUAUACAUUAUUAAUAGAAGACAGCCUCAAAGAAAUAACUGAAAAUUAGAGUAGUUGGUCAGAAAUACAAUCUGUAAAGUGUAGACCAAGAUUAGAUUUCUUGGUUGUCAAUGUUAAUUAGGGGUAUUCUUUGUGAAAUCUUUUUCAGAUGUGUAGCAAUGCUACCAUGUUUCAAUAUUUUUUGGUAACAGAAAUGGGUUUAAUCAAAUGUAAAUUAAGACAAAAUCUAAAUAGUCAAAUUUUUAUGUUCCUCAAAGGGAAUGUAAGAUUUCCAAUAUUGGCAAUGACUUCACUGUUUUGGACCCACAUCUAGAUUUUAAAUAACUGAUCUUAGUAAUCAUAUUGAACGGAUAAAAGUGUGCAUCACUACGUGACGGGUGUAAGCCAGCUGUUCCUGAUCUUUACGUCUAAGUUUCUUCUUCCGAGUAUUUGGUGGAAAGAGGGUUUUCCACGGCUCCAGACAUCACUUUCUUAGUCUUUCAGAUGUGACAUGACAGAAAUCUGUUUUUUUUAAUCUUUUAAAAUAAUUUCUGUAAUUUCAAAUUGAGAGUUAAAUAUAAUCUAGAAUAAUAAGUAUCUUUCAUCUAGAUUAUAUCUCUCGCUUGGAGUUUGCCAACUAAACAGCUGUGAAGAUGAUCACACUUUCCCAUCUGUCCCUCGAUGACAUAAAUAACAUUUUCUUAUUUGUUUAAAUGGAAAUAAAGUUUUCCAAGAGCAAGAUGAGGGUUCUUGAUUGUGUUUUCACAGCUAUAAUUCCAAGUACACUUUAUAGAUGUUUAGGUGGUAAGCCAAAACUGAGAGGAGAGGCAGGAGAGGUUGCUUUUUUCUUAAGCUCUAGGCAGAAUGGGAAACUCAGGUUAAGAUCGGAUGUCUUACGUUUAGAAGAGGACAGCGGUGAUAAGGGGCGGGAUAGUAAUAGUGGGAUAGCUGACAUUCGUUAUGUAUGGGAGGAGUUAGAAAUUAGGUGGAUAAAUUUAAGUAUGAGAGAAUUGGAGAAGGAAGUACUGGAAGUGGCCAACCACAGAGGGGCUAGGAAAAAGAGGAAAUCAAAUGCUCACAUUCUUGUGUGUUUGUUAAAACAAUCUGGCAGGCUAGUUGAUGUUACACAUCGCCAGUGUUUUUAGAUGAAUCUCAGAUUCAGGGAUUGACAGGAUCACUAGUUGAUACGGUGGCUCUUCUUAGCCAUCCAACACACUGAUUUGUCUAAUUUGUCCUUAAUUCACCAUUCAAUGAUAAGAGAAACAUUAAAAACCAAUUUCAAGAGAAGGUUACAGUGUGAUCUUUUUUCAUAGGAGAAAAUACUCAAAUGUCCAAUGUGUUUAGUUUCUCCGACCUUGUUUAAACUGUUAUUAACCCUUGUAGAGAUGGGAAUCAACCAGUGAUAUUUCUAUCAGCAACUGAAACUAUUGUUUAUGUAAAACUGUGCCACUACAUUUAUUUAGAAAGUAAAUGUUUAAACACGUUGUGUUUGGAAUAAACCCAUGCAUGUAUGAACUGGAA